AUGAAGCUUGCUCUCUGCCUCCUUGUCUUGGCAGGAGCCGUCAAGGCAGACGAGCGAACUCAGAGGUACACAGAUAACGAGUCUGUAACGCUGUGGGCGAACAAGAUCGGGCCGUAUGAGAACCCUCAGGAGACUUACUCCUACUACACGCUGCCAUUCUGCCGGCUCAACGCGGACAAGUGGCAGUCCAAGUGGGCAGGGCUGGGGGAGGCGCUGGAGGGGAACUCUCUAGUGAAGAGCGACUACGGCAUAUCAUUCAAGCACGAUGUCGAGAAGGCCCUCAACUGCGCAGUGAAGCUGGACAAGCGGUCCCUGGACAUGUUCCAGUACGCAGUGUCGAACCAUUACUGGUUCAACUUGGUCCUUGACGAGCUGCCGAUGUGGGCGAUGGUGGGGGAGGUGAGAGAGAGCAAGCUCGGGAAUCACUCGGGCGACGACGAGAAAUACAUCUUCACGCACAAGCACUUCAGCAUCGCGUACAACGGAGAUAGAAUCAUCGAAGUGAAUCUCACCAACGACAACCCAGCUCUGCUGAAGCUGAACCAGCAGCUGGAGUGGACGUACUCUGUGAAGUGGCACCCAACAAGCAAGAAGUUCUCGCAGAGGUUCAACAGGUACCUGGACCAAGACUUCUUCGAGCAUCAGAUCCACUGGUUCUCCAUCUUCAACUCCUUCAUGAUGGUCAUCUUCCUCGUGGGACUGGUGGGGCUGAUCCUGAUGAGGACGCUCAAGAGCGACUUCCACAAGUACUCCAAGCACCUGGACGAGGAGGAAUCGUUAGGGGAGGGACAGGAGGACACAGGAUGGAAGCAGGUGCAGGGAGACGUGUUCCGCUUUCCUCCCUACUAUCCUCUCUUCUGCGGUCUCAUUGGCACAGGAAUCCAGCUGAUCCUCAUGGUCUACUGCACGACCAUCCUGUCCAUCAUUGGCACGCUCUACAUCGGGAGAGGAGCCGUCUCCUCCACCGCCGUCGUUGUGUACGCCCUCUCCUCCUUCGCGGCCGGGUACGUCAGCGGGCAGUUCUACGUGCAGAGCAAGGGGAACUCGUGGAUCAAGACGAUGAUGUUCACAGCCUGCGGCUACAGCGGCUUCUGCGUCCUCGUGACCAUGUCACUCAACCUCGUCGCCGUCUCCUACAGCUCCCUGGCCGCCAUCCCCUUCGGCACCAUGGUGAUCCUCCUCCUGAUCUGGCUGUUCGUCUCCUUCCCCCUCGUUCUCUUUGGGACGAUCGUGGGGAGAAACCUCGCCAGGCCUUACCAGCCGCCCUCACGGAUCGCGCUGAUCCCCCGGCAGAUCCCAGACAAGCGCUGGUACCUGAACUUCUCCAUCCUCAUCCCCCUGGGUGGCCUCCUUCCCUUCGGCAGCAUCUUCAUCGAGAUGUACUUCAUCUUCACCUCCUUCUGGAACUACAAGUUCUACUACGUCUACGGCUUCAUCCUGCUCGUUUUCUCCAUCAUGCUCAUCGUUACCUCCUGCGUCAGCAUCGUCAUCACUUACUUCCUCCUGAACGCGGAAGACUACAGGUGGCCGUGGACUGUCUUCUGGUCCUCGGCAUCGAUUUCUGGAUAUGUUUUCCUCUACGCCAUCUACUUCUUCAUGGCGAAGACGAAGAUGUACGGUUUGUUUCAAACUUGCUUCUACUUCGGACAAACUCUCAUGAUGUGUGUGGGUCUGGGGAUCAUCUGCGGGGCCAUCGGCUACCUUGGAGCCAGAGUGUUCGUGUGGAGAAUCUUCCGCAGUGUCAAGAGCGACUGA